GUAAAAACGUCUAUCUUGCCUUUCAACCUUUUUCCCAGCAAUUGGGGGCGGUGGUCGCGGCCCGAAUCCUCCCAAUUUUGUCUUCUCCGAUGAAAAAAUGAACGACUUGCCCUUCAAAAACGCCGGGUCGAGGGUUGUAGGAGAAGAACAACAAGGAGAAGGAGAAGAGCAAGGCUGCUUUGGUAGCUGCAAUCCCAUCAUCCCAACACCAGCAAUCUACCUGCUGCUCUUACUGUUCACACUGGGACUGGGGUUCUCAAUUUUCAUCCUCGUUGUGGUCCACAACGCCCUCUUCUUCCUUGUGCUCCUCUGCUUCUCCGCUCUACUCGCCGCAUUUCUCCUUUGGAACUCUCUCAAUAAUUCCGGCAGCAGCUGCACCAGCCGGAGAAAUGGGGCCCUUCUCUCUUACCUCCAUUUCUUCCCCGAUUCUGACCUCAGUCUCGCAGCUCCAGGCCAGCUCGUCAAACUCACUGGCGUUGCCUCCUGCGGAAGUGUUUCUUUGGAGUCUUCAUACGAGAAAGUCAAUCAAUGUAUCUACACAUCCACUUUGUUGUAUGAGUUUGAAGAACCAGGUUUGAAACCCAUUGAUGAUAUGAAAUCAUGCUUCCAGUGGAGACUGGCAUAUUCUGAGGAUUUCUCUUGGCAGAGAUAUUCAACUGACUUCUACAUAACCGACAGAAGGUCUGGCAUCAGAGCUCUGGUGAAGGCUGGUACUGGCUGUAAAGUCAUUCCCUUGAUCAUCGAAAGUAGACUAGUAAAAACAACCAGGAAAUGCAAGGUUCUGUCUUCCACCUUGGGGAAAUGGCUUAUAGAAAGAAACCUUUCUGCUGAAGCUCGUCUGUUACGUUUGGAAGAAGGAUACAUAAAAGAAGGCAGCUCUGUGAGUGUGAUAGGAAUGUGUCAAAGACAGAAUGAUACUGUGAUGAUUGUCCAACCGCAGGAGACUCUUUCUACAGGAUGUCUGUGGCGGAAGUUGUUGCUCCCUGUGGAUGUUGAUGGACUGUUGUUCGGGGCACCCAAUAUGGCAGAUCCAGCUUCUCACUGAAAUGUUUCGCAACCUUUCGAUUAGGAUUAAAGAGCAGCGGAUUACAUUCUGACGCAGUUUUUCUACACUUUUUUCUCUCUUUAAUCUCUGGUUUUUCAUCUUUCAGCGGCCUGGGAGACUGGAUUUGACAUCUGACCUUUAUAUGUUUGGUACAGCCAGGAAUCAGGAGAGGGGCAGGAGGAGUUGAUAGUGCACCAGAGCAGUGUUAACUUUUUAAACAGGUCCAUAUUUGUCACCACUGACUUGUUCAAUUUUGUUUGUGGUAUUUAGCAACGGCUCGCGUGAGCCUAUAUAGUUUUGUAUUUAAUUAGACAUGGUGCAAUUUGAAUCUUAAAUUUCAAAUCUGUAUUAAUUUUUCCACCAACCAAACCAAGGGACCUUGUACAGAAAGCUAGACGUUUCCUCUC